AUGCUGACGAGAGGAAGUGCAUUGCUGAAACUCUAUGAACAUCAUUCCUGCGAUCCAUUCUCUGCAGGUGCUCGAGACAUUGAGCCAGAGUUACUCUCGCGUAUACGACAAUGCAUGCAAUAUAGCGUUGACAUGAUCAAGAAGAUCUGCGGUCGUGUUGUGGAAAUGCUCUACGAUUUCGGCCAGCUGCAAGAGUCCGUCAGGGCAGAAGUUUCGCCUCUAACUUUGCACUGUAUCUAUACAUGUGCCGCUACUUUCGCCUGGCUGUACGCGGGCACGAACGAUCCACAAUGGGCUGCUGGGAAAGUCGUUUGCGAGAAUCAGCUUCGCUUUUUGAACUCUCGCUGGAAAGUUGCGGGUAAGCCGCCAGUCUUAUUUUCUUUCAUUGGCCCGGCGCGACUGACAAUUCGCAGGCGUCUACCUAGAAAUGCUCCGCAUCUCGGACCUUGA